GCAUGACACCGCAUCCCUCACUGUCUCGCGGUGAAAGCAUAUAAUUCCUCUUCUGCCGCUUCAACUUGUGCCAGGACGACAGAAGGGAGAGGCCCAGAAUCACUACAGGCGACAGCGACUGUUCUAUUUUUUCCUGGGCACGCUGUGCCAUCUCAGGCCACAAUGCCUGCCAUCGCUCCGUCUCAACUUAUCGCCCUUCAAUCGAAUGCGCAGAACAUCCGCAACAUAUGUAUCCUGGCACACGUCGACCAUGGCAAGACCUCUCUGUCCGACUCCCUCAUUGCCACCAAUGGCAUUAUUUCUCCCAAAAUGGCGGGCAAGAUCCGCUACCUGGAUUCGCGGCCCGACGAGCAAAUCCGCGGAAUUACGAUGGAAAGCAGCGCAAUCAGUUUAUAUUUCAGUAUGAUGCGGAGGCAAAAAGAGAACGAGGAACUCAAGAAAGAGGAAUACUUGAUCAACCUAAUAGACAGCCCGGGACACAUCGACUUCUCCUCAGAGGUCAGUACGGCGUCACGGUUAUGCGACGCUGCCGUCGUUUUGGUGGAUGCCGUUGAAGGGGUAUGCUCCCAAACGGUGACGGUGCUACGGCAGGUUUGGAUCGAAAAGUUAAAACCGCUCCUGGUUAUCAACAAGAUCGACCGACUGAUUACCGAGUUGAAAAUGAGCCCCGCCGAGGCUUACUCGCAUCUUGAAAGAGUCCUCGAGGGCGUUAAUGCAGUGAUAGGCGGCUUCUUCCAUGGCGAGCGAAUGGAAGAGGAUUUGCAGUGGCGGGAAAAGCUGGACCAGAAACGCGCGGCAAGAGAGCAGCAAAAGCAGGACGUGCUGAGUGAAAAUGCGUCCGAGGGCGAUUUCAGUCAAACAUUCGAGGAAAAAGAUGACGAGGAUCUAUAUUUUGCGCCGGAAAAGAACAAUGUGAUUUUCGCCAGCGCGAUUGACGGCUGGGCUUUCACCGUCCGUCAAUUUUCAGGCAUUUACGAGAAGAAGCUGGGUAUCAAAAGAUCGGUGCUCGAAAAAGUCCUUUGGGGGGAUUUCUACCUGGAUCCAAAAACCAAGAAGGUCUUGGGUCAGAAGCACUUGAAAGGACGAAAUCUAAAGCCUUUGUUCGUCCAGCUCGUAUUAGAGCCUAUAUGGCAGGCCUACGAUGCCACCGUCGGUAUCAAUGGAGGUCGAGGAGACUCGGCUUUGUUGGAAAAAAUUACAAAGUCCCUGGCCAUCAAUUUACCAGCGCACAUACUCCGAUCGCGCGAUCCAAAGGCCGUGUUACAGGCUCUCUUUGCCGCGUGGCUACCCCUCUCGACCGCUGUCCUAGUUUCUGUCAUUGAAUACCUUCCCAGUCCACCUAAUGCCCAGGCCACUCGGUUACCGGAAAUGAUCGACGACCUGGUCAGUUCCAAAAGCAUCGAUCCUGCUUUGAAGGAUGCCAUGAUCAAUUUCGACACAUCCGAGAACGCACCAGUUGUGGCCUACGUCAGUAAGAUGGUUGCCAUCCCCGAAAGUGAGCUGCCUUCGAAGCGGCGGAAAUUGGGGACCACCUUGACCGCAGAUGAAGCAAGAGAGCUCGCUCGGAAAAAGAGAGCGGAGAUUGCCAAAACACAAGCUGAAGCCGAAGGCUCGGCCAACGUCGACAGCAUCACCAAUGGCCUGAACACAACCAGGAUCGGCGAGGAGGCUGAUGAGGACGAGUCACCGGAACAGCCCGAGGACCCUGAACACUUGAUCGGGUUUGCCAGGUUAUUCUCCGGAUCAUUAUCUGUAGGAGACGAGGUGUAUGUUCUUCCGCCCAAGUUCAAUCCAGCAUUCCCACAUGCCUCGCCCGAGCCAAAGAAAGUGCCCAUCACGGCACUGUACCUUCUGAUGGGUCGGUCUCUAGAGCCGCUAGACAAAGUUCCGGCCGGAGUUGUUUUUGGUAUUGAAGGAUUGGAAGGCCACAUUCUCAAGACCGGCACGCUAUGUUCUCAACUGGAAGGCGGUAUCAAUUUGGCAGGAAUUUCUACACUCAGCGAACCGAUUGUGCGGGUGGCUUUGGAGCCGACGAACCCGAUGGAUCUCAACAAAAUGAUCAAAGGGCUGAAGCUUUUGGAACGAAGCGAUCCUUGCGCGGUCUAUGAACAAAUGGCCAGCGGAGAGCAUGUGAUUCUGACGGCGGGAGAACUGCAUCUAGAACGAUGUCUGAAGGAUUUGAGAGAACGCUUCGCUCGGUGCGACAUCCAGCCGGGUGAACCAAUCGUGCCAUACCGCGAGACAAUUGUGAAAGCCGAGGAGAUGGAGCCUCCGAAGAAUCCAGAGCUUCCUAGGGGCACAGUCAUUGCCGUGACAGCUUCCAAAACAGUGUCUGUGAGGCUACGGGUCCGGCCAUUGCCCAAGACUGUGACCGAGUUCCUCAUCAAGAACAGUUCCACUAUUAGACGGCUAUAUGCAGAGAAGCAAGCGCAGGAGGAUGUCACCAAGACCUCAGAUGAAGCCGCAGAAACCGCCAAGGACGAAGCUGUCGAUCUAGGUAAUGAAACCGGUAAUGAAAGGGGUAACCUGUCCCUACAGGAGUUCCGCAAGCAACUCCAAGCGGCAUUCGACGAAGUCAAGGAGGACAAGGAGGCCUGGCAAAAGAUCAUUCCCAGGAUCUGUGCAUUCGGCCCCCGCAGAGUUGGUCCGAAUCUUUUUAUUGACUCUACUGGCACGAAUGCAUGUAAGCGCUUCCUCAUGGAACAGCCCGAGGCAAGGAAAAAUCCCGAAACCGACACGAAUAAUGAUCAAGGCGAGGAGGGCCAAGGCGAAGACGAUAAAUCUACAAGACCAGCAGGCCAAGACUUUUCCGACACGGUUGUCUAUGCAUUCCAGCUCGCGACAUCACAGGGACCACUCUGCCGUGAACCGAUGCAAGGAGUUGCCGUUUUCCUCGAAGACAUCUCGCAACAACUACCGUCGGAAUCGUCCGACCCUGCCGUGGAGUCAGGUCGUCUAACUGGCGAACUUAUUUCUGCCGUGCGAGAAGCGAUCAGGUCUGCCUUCCUUGACUGGUCUCCUCGUAUUUUACUGGCCAUGUACAGCUGCACCAUCCAGGCCACCCCGGACGUCCUAGGCCGGGUGUACAGUGUCCUGACGCGGCGGAGGGGUGCAAUUCUUUCCGAAGCUUUACUCGAAGGCACGCCCUAUUUUACGAUUGAGGCAAAGCUGCCUGUGGCGGAGAGUUUUGGUUUCAGCGAGGAGAUACGCAAACGCACUUCGGGCCUGGCGCAACCGAUGCUCAGGUUUAUCGGGUUCGAGAUGUUGGAUGACGUCGAUCCGUUCUGGGUCCCUCGCUCGGAGGAAGAACUGGAAGAUCUGGGCGUCCACGGCGAAAGAGAGAACGUGGCUAAGAAGUAUGUUGAUGCUGUCAGGAAGAGAAAGGGUCUGCUUGUCAAGGGCGCCAGGGGUGGAAGAGACGCCGAGAAACAGAAGACGUUGAAGACGAAUUAGAGCAGACAAAUGUCCCGGAGGCGGUGUGAGAAGGCGUACAAGCCUCUCUCGAUGAUAGGGACAUAUACCUGGUACUUGAAAUAGUAGCGGCUCUCAACCAUCUUCAAUCGAUGACUUACGAAAGCGGCCGCAUCAGACAUUUGAGACCCAGACAUUGAUGACAUAAACCAUGACUAAGGCGUCCCAUAGGCUUGGCCCUCUGCACGUGACAAGACUUUUUC